AUGGCCGACUCUGCAGAGACAUCUCCGAAAGAACACCCACCAAAAGAUUUGUUUACAAACCGCGAAUUUGCAUUUACUCUCCAGGGAGACAUAUAUCUACGUUAUAACUGCUUUUCGAAUGCAGAAGAACUCAGAAAGCAAGCAGAAGUUCACCCUUUUGAUGAAGACUGGUUCACACCAACAUCUGAGCACAAGCAAUUACUAGCACUCCCACCUGCUAGUGACUUUCGGACGUCACUCAUAUUGCCAGAUCUUACUCGCCGUUUCACGCUUCUUCGCUCCUCCUCCGGUGAUCCUCUUACACUUGACGAUCUCAGGUUUAAGUUUGCGGAACAGAGAGCCCGUGGUGUGCCAAGCCAAAUAUCAGAGGAGGAAGAGGACAUGAUCCUUGAGACGCUGGGGCGGAUGCGUACCAAAAAUGCUGCGCCCAGUACCACUUCAAGCAGGAAACUUGAGGGCAUUUCUGGUGCUAAUGCGACUGACCUGGGAAUGGAAUCCGACUACACCCAUGAGCGUACCUCUCAUAUAUCCACCACGACCUCUUCAACCACAUACCCAGCUUCAUCUGUUACUUCAUCGUCGUCACCGAGUUCGCGUUCAACAAAGAAGUACAGCAACAAUCUUUUUGCAUCUGGGCGCACUCAAUCCGACGUGUUUUGA